AUGAAGCCGAAGCGUAUUCUGAUCGGUAUGAUUGGUGAUGGCUUCCUGGCACUUGCGGUACGGUUCGGAGUGAUGGAGUAUGUCAAGGAGAAGACAACUGUUGGAUGCCUCGAACGUCGUCGCAUUGCGCAAGAUUUCAUCGCGGAAUCCAGGACGACCAUGAUAUCUCGACUCAAGAACGCAUUCCACAGAAGGAUCGGGUCCUCCAAUCCACCAGUCAAACGCCCUCAUUUGUACUGGCCACUCCUUAUGGAUGCGCUAUUCGCAGCUCCGGUCCGUGCAAUCAAGGUGGAAAUGGUCAGCCUUUGUCUAGAAAAGGGUGCCGAUCCCAACUUCCCGGUCGAUGACUACUGCCCAACCAUCUGGUCAGCUUGGUUUCUUCGCUUGCUCGUGCUCAGCCGUAGGGGAAGUCUCAGUAAACAGACAUAUAUCGAAGAAUUAAGGCCAUACUGGCCUGUGACGGAAAAGCUCAUACGUCACGGAGCGGAUAUGUCACUGCGUUCCUUGGAGAAGAGUACUGGAACUUUCGCGGGAUCUUCAGCAAAAACCUUGUACAGAAUUCUGUCUGUCCCAGAGCGGUUCGACGCCCCGGCUACGCAGGACGAGGCGCUGACGGGGACGGAAAUUAUGCCCAAAGCUUGCGGACGUGAAAACUGCGCUCAAUAUUUUCGAAGGGGAGAUGAUGAGGAUUUGAGGUGGACGUCUCAAAUUCUCCCAGCAAGAAAUGGCAUCCCUAGUCACGAAUCCCUGGUAAAACACAAAUGUGAGAAGGGGCGCCCCCGACGUUACGCCAUAGAUCAAGUCUCAGUGUCCAUUUCCAUUGCUCACAUCUCCCUAGCCGCACUGGCCCGUUUGUUUUCUUCCCAGAUAUUCCCAGCGAGGAUUUAA